AUGUGGCUUGGGAUCGACCCCAAUGGACUUGCCUUGAUUUCGGAGCUCAAGCGAGAAGCAACACUCACUCCGGAGCUGUUGAAGCUUCAGACGCAGGUCAAUGGGCGUGUGCAGCCGAGUGCGCCAGCCCAGGAGAAGGAGCAGCUUCCGAAGCCGGGGACACUUCCGACGCCGGCGGUGCAGGAGCACAAGCAGUUCAGCCUGGUGGAGGUGAGCAGUGAAGAAGGGAGGCAAGCAGCUUUGAAGUGCCACAUGGGUACAGGGACCUUCGUCCGCGAGGAAGGUUUCGUGAAGGAGCGACUUUGGAAUUUCGAAGUGCACCGCUGCAGGAGCUUUCUUCUGACGUCCGAUCAGGCCUGCCUGGCGGCCGUGACGCUGCGCGUGAAUCCGUACAUCGGGUGGCGCAAGAGCUGGGUGCAGGUGGCGAAUAUGAGCGCCGCACAGGAGCGCCGUGGGUAUGGCCGCAUGCUUUUCCGGGCAGUGGAGGAAUUGCUGCUUCGGGAAGGAGUUGAUGUCUUGGCGCUCUAUCCGGCACCCAAUGGCAAGGCGCCCAAAUUCUGGAGCGCAAUGGGCUUUCACGAAGCGGACGGCAGCUUUUUGCCCCCCGAGGAGCUCGUUCCCUUCAAUCAUGGCGGCCCGCUAUGGCCAGAGGUUACGGGCGCCACGCCUUUGGCCCGGUUCGAGAAGCGGAUCGCCGCAGCGGACGCCGUCAGGAGGAGCCCCUCAGAGCUUCGCUUUGGCGAUUUGAUCGGGAAAAAUCGCCCCCACAUAUGGCAGGAGGAAAUGUGGCGUCCAAACGGCUGUGUCAACAUGGCUGCCGUUAACCUGGAUGUCCUGCCUCCGCCAAUCACAUCCCCCCCACCGCCCAAGGCAACACCUCAGCCCAAAGUGAAGGCUGAGCGUGCGCCGAAGCCGCUGCCGCCACGGCGGCAGCAGCCGCCUCGCGCCUGCAAGCCAGUGCGAGAGGAGCCGCCCAAGCCAACGCCUCAGCCCAAAGUCAAGGCUGAGCGUGUCAUGCCGCCACGGCGGCAGCAGCCGCCCCGCGCCUGCAAGCGCGAGGAGCCCCCAGCGCCGCCAAAGCGUGCGGCGCCUGCGCCCACUGCGCCCAUCGAGCGGGCGAAGCAGCGUGUGGCACCGUCCGUGACAGGUGCUGUGGCCGUCGCACCUGCGCCGCCCACGGGUCCCCGUGCCCGGGCCGCUGCCCGGGCCCCCACCCAGUCGUUGCCAGCACCGCCCCAGACGACUCCAGUGCAGCGCACGCGCGCCCCGCGAGUGCAGAUCUCAGCGCCUGAGUUGGUGACGCCACAGAGCCUUCCAAAACGGAAGGCGGAUGCUCUCACACCGGCGCCGGUCUGCCACACCCCCGUGCUGGGGCUGUUGGGAAGCCAGUCUCUCCUGAAGCGGCGCCGCGUGCAGCCCGUGGCGGAGCGCGAAAAGCUGGCGCCCUAUUGGACAGAGGACCACCCGCCGCUUGGCCUGCCUGGCGGCCAUGGCGCGCGUGAAUCCUGCGUCGAAUACCGCGACGGCAAGAGCUGGGCGCAGGUGGCGCAUAUGAGCGCCGUCCAGGCCCUCAGAGCCUCAGACCGGCGCAGCCGGGGAUUGGAAAGGGAUUCGAUGGGUUGCGAUUCGAUGGACCCCGACGAAAUGGACCCCAUGGACAUGCCCACGGAGACCGACUUGGGCCGGGAGAUGUUGGCGACGGUGACCGAUUUGGGCCCGGCCUCCACGACAUCGGCCCAGGCGGUGACUCUGGAAAGCAUUCAGGAGAGGCUGGAUGGCCUCACACAGCUCUCGCAGCAUAUGUUCGAGCUCCAGGCCUCGCUGCUGGCCUCCCAGCAGGAGGUCUGCGCGAGCCUGCUGAAGCCCUCGCGGCCGGCGCGGGAGCCGCCGCUGAUGUCGGUGGUGCCUGGCCAGGUGAACGAGCUUGUGCCCAAGGAGAUGGGGAAGGAGAGUCAACGGCCUUCGCUGUUGAUGGCGCACAGAUCCGACACCAUCCGCUCGCGGGUCUCUGGCCAGAGGCGGUCUGCAUGUCAUCACGUGGCAAGCAUGGAUGACUUGGAGCAGCAGACGGCCUCGAUGCUGCUCAAGAGGAGCUUUUCCUUCAACCAGAAGUCAGACAACGCGAGCUCGUCGUCUGAGGAGUCAGAGUUGGGUUCUGACGACUCGUGUUCCACAGUCAAGAACCCGGCGAUCACGCUGGGGGCGGCAUUAUCCACCCCGGUGGGCGACAAGCGGGGGGUUCUAGCCCAGUGCCGCCGCAUGUCCUUGGAUGAUUUGAGGGCCAACCACGACGCUGUCAUCGCGAAAACCACACCUCUCGACUCGACGCGAGCCAUAGGGGGGCAGACAGAGGACGACGUCGCCGGCGCGCUGACCGGCGUGGCCAAGCUGUGGCUCCGCCUGGUGGGGAUCUUGGAUUGGCCCUGCGCGCGCCUGGGAAGGCUGUGGCAGGUGCUCCUGCUAAUCAGCCUGCUGAGCCUCAGCGGAUGCCUGUUUUGGUUCAGCCUGCCGGGCACCUUUGACCCUUACAUGGUCCUGACCACGCUUUGCCAUGCGCUGGGCGUGGCGGGGGCCACCCUGACCCUGCACACGAGCGGAGUUCAGGCACUGCUGGGGCCCAACGCCCUGGAAGACUAUGCCAGGAGGGUGGGGUUUCUGCGCGACUGGAGGCGGUUGUCGAAGUGGCGGCUGCAGCAGACCUGCGUGCCGCUGGGGGUGAUGCUUCUGUGUCGCUGUCUGGACCUGCAGACUUUGGAGUCCUGGGAGGAGUUCUCCGCGGGCGUGCACUCGGCGGUGGCUCUGUCCCUGGGCGCCUUGUCCUACACCCAUUUGCACCUGGUGGCCGGGCUGGAGCUGGCCAUCGACAGCUUCACGAUCAACUUCUACAAGGAGCUGAACAUCCCACAGGCUUUGGAGGAGUGGAACGUGGUGCAGGCCACAAUGCGCCAAGUCUCAAACAAGCUGAGCCAGUCACUCGCGAUCCUGGGCUCCACCUGCGGCCUCUCCUUGCUGCUCCUCUUGGAGCGUGUGCUCAUAAGCCCGCACGAUUUUCAGGUGGGCUGGCACCUGCUCUUCUUCUGCGGGUGGCUCUUCUGCCCGGUGCUCCUGUUUUUGUACGCCAUGCUGCUUGCGGCCAACGUGACGGCUAAGGCCUCGCGGGUAGCGCCGCUGGUGAAUUCCUGGACCUUUGAGGAGGGUUCAUCGAGAUGGAUGGACGUUGAGCGGCAGUAUGUGGUACAGUACAUCCAGCAGAGUGAAGCCGGCUUUUACAUGAACGGCGUGAGACUCCAUGUGUCCAAUGUUGCCAAGCUCGGGUACUACCUGGGGGCCUUUGUUUUUGCGGUCAUCUCCCGGCUGUGGCAGUGAGGUCUGCCGGCUGUGUGAGUGUUCGCCGCUCGUGAAGUUUUUGUUUCAAGGGCGGCCGGCCAGUUGCAGCUUUGGCGGUCUCUCUCUCUCGCUCUCCUUCUUUCAAGAUGUUGCUCCCUCUCUCAAGAUGUUGC